AUCUUCCCGGGAGGCAACCAGUCUCCUACCGCUCUCAAUCAGCACUUCCCAUAUCCACAGCUUUUCCAAUUCGUCGACGAAGAAAACACGACGGGAGAGCUAUUGCGGGGUUGUCUGAUUUCCUCUUCCCGUGGAUUCCGAUUUCAAGAACGCCCAUAAAUCUCAGCAUUCUCUGAUCCUCGCUGCCGGUGCUCCAUGGAAGAAGAAGAUUCGGUGUCGGUCCGCAAGCUCUGCGGCUUCCUCUGUGCGGUUGUCGCAGUUCCCUCGCCUCCGCCUCCGGAUGGCCGAGCCCGCGAGGUUCUAGCUCACAACACCCGCUGCUUCAUCUUCGGGAAAGGAGACGAGGUCGGCUUCAGGACCGAGGAUGGCGUUGUACUGUCUCCUGUGGAUAAUAAUGCCUUGAGCAACCCGGUGGCCGCCGGCGAUGUCUCAGGGAGUCAUUCCGACCAAAAAGGCGGGACCUUUAGUCCACCUAAAGCAGAAACCUCGGUGAGUGCUCGAAUCUCGCUGGAAGGUAGUAAUGCGGGUGGCUCUGGAGAAGUUUCCACGCCUGCGAAUUCCGUUAAGUGUGACUAUGCGAGUAGGAAGGGCAGAGGAGCUUCGUCGUCGAAGGGGAAAGCGAGGAGGAUCGGGUUGGUGAACGGGAGCAUGAGCGUGAUCCACCAGCUUAACGCUCUUGUGGCUCACAAGUGCUUGAACAUUGUGGCCCGGGUGCUCUGUGUUGAGGAGCGCGGUUGCGGAGAGAGUAGAGCGGCGGUGUUGGUGGACGUUUACUUGCCAGUGGAUGUUUGGUCCGGCUGGCAGUUCCCGCAGUCAAAGGCAGUAGCCGGUUCCCUCUUCUAUCACUUGAGUUGUAACUGGGAAGAGAGAGCUGCAUUGCUUGCAGGUGGAGAGAAUUAUAAGGGUCCUCAUGGAGAUGGUAGGAGUCUGUGGAAUGUAUCUGAUUGCCAUGUUCUUGGAUGCAAGCAGCAUUCUGUGGCCAUGGGUUCUUCUAAGAAAAAGUUGUUUGAUCUUCAUGAAAUUUUCAAGAGCUUGCCUGGUAUUGGUAGAAGAGGGACUGUGUAUUCCUCAAGAGUGGACCCAAUUGAUAACACUUAUGGUUCAGGCAUAUGGGAUUUAUCUGAUGACGUCCUGACUAAAAUUCUAACCGAUCUUGGUCCAUUGGACCUUAUUAGGAUAGCUGCAACAUGCCGCCACCUGAGGUCUUUGGCUGUGUCAAUCAUGCCAUGUAUGAAGCUUAAACUUUUUCCCCAUCAGCAGGCAGCAGUUGAAUGGAUGUUGCAGCGUGAACAGAGUUCGGAAGUUCUCUGGCAUCCUUUAUACAAGGAAUUUGUUACUGAAGAUGGAUUUACUUUCUGUGUGAACGUUGUUUCUGGUGAACUGACUUCUGGGAUGGCUCCUAAGGUCAAAGACUUCCAUGGGGGUUUGUUUUGUGAUGAACCUGGUUUAGGCAAGACCAUAACUGCACUUUCCCUAAUUCUCAAAACGCAAGGUAAACUCGCUGAUCUGCCUGAUGGUGAACAAGUGAUUUGGUGUACCCAUAAUGGUAAUCAGAAGUGUGGGUAUUAUGAGCUUAGUGGUGAUAAUGUAGCUAGUCUUAGUGUUCUCUCAGGAAGAGAAGCGGCCAGUCAGAACGCUUGGAGGGAAGAAAUAUCUCGUGAUAAUAUUUUGACGGAUCACUCUCCUUACCCUUCACCGAAAAGAGCCAGGUUGAUGGCCCCUGAUGAGCAGAUGGGUGGAUCUAAUGUUUCAACUAGUGGCGAAAGAAUAACAUUGGCAACUUCUGCUCAGCCUGGGGCAAAUAAAGUUCCAAUCACAUGCACCAGGAGCUUGAAUCAUAUUAAGAAAAACCUUCUCCAUGCAUACGAAGAUGAGUUUGAGCCUUUUGAAGAGAAAAAUGUUGGGAAAGAUUUUCUCCAAAGAGAACAUGCUGUGAAAGGUACUCCUAGCGGGUCCAGGAAGAAGCAGUCUAUCAUCUCAUCUGGAUCAUCAUAUAGCUGCAGGAGGCCUGGGGGUGUAACAGCAGAUUCUUUAAAUUAUAAUGAAACUUGGAUUCAGUGUGAAGCCUGUCAAAAGUGGCGUAGGCUUAUUGGAGAAAAUUCACCUGAUAUUAAUGUUGCAUGGUUUUGUAGUAUGAAUGUUGACCCAAUGUAUCAGAGUUGUAGCGUCCCAGAAGAAUGCUGGGAUACUCGUCAACCCAUUACAAAAUUACCUGGUUUUUGCCCUAAAGGAAGUCUUGGGGCCAAGGAACAGAAUGUGGCAUUUUUUGUUAAUGCACUCAAGGAUCAUUGCACAUUGAUAACUUCUCAAACAAAGAAAGCUCUACAUUGGUUGGCAAAGCUUCGACCGGACCAACUCUCUCAGAUGGAGACAACUGGUCUUAGAAGUCCUUGUACUGUCUCUGUUGUAGAUGCCAAUGAUUUUCAUGAAAUAUUUCAAUCCUUUGGACUUGUGAAGAGUGUCGAGAAGGGUAACCAUAAGUGGUAUUACCCAAAAAAUCUUCAAAAUCUGGCAUUUGAUGUGGCUUCUCUGAGGAUUGCUCUGUCUGAACCAUUGAAUUCAGUCAGAUUAUAUCUGUCCCGUGCUACACUGAUAGUGGUUCCUGCAAAUCUAGUCGAUCAUUGGAAGACACAAAUUCAGAGGCAUGUUCGACUCAGUCAGUUGAGGGUCCAUGCCUUGACCAACAGGAAAAAGGUUGCCCCGCACACUCUUGCCUGGGACUACGAUAUUGUCAUAACUACCUUCACCCGUCUCAGUGCAGAGUGGGCUCCCCGUAAGAAGAGUGUGCUGCAGCAAGUUCAUUGGCUUAGGAUCAUUUUGGAUGAAGGGCACACCCUCGGCUCAAGUCUCAGUUUGACAAAUAAACUACAAAUGGCCAUAUCAUUGGCAGCAUCAAGUCGGUGGAUUUUAACAGGAACCCCUACUCCUAACACACCAAAUAGUGAACUAUCACAUCUUCAGAUACUAUUCAGAUUCCUUCACGAGGAAGUGUAUGGACAGAUUCAAAAGUCAUGGGAAGCUGGGAUUCUUAGGCCAUUUGAAGCAGAGAUGGAGGAGGGUCGGGCACGUCUGUUGGAUUUACUCCACAGAUGCAUGAUCAGUGCAAGAAAGAAAGAUCUGCAAGCAAUUCCUCCUUGCAUCAAGAAAGCGACGCUCCUCGAUUUUAUGGAGGAACAUGCAAAAAGUUACAAUGAGCUGGUAGCUACUGUUCGGCGUAACAUAUUAAUGGCUGAUUGGAACGAUCCUUCACAUGUUGAGAGCUUGUUGAACCGGAAGCAGUGGAAGUUCCGCAGUACAACCAUUCGGAAUGUGAGGUUGUCAUGCUGUGUUGCUGGACAUAUUAAAGUAACAGAGGCUGGCGAAGACAUACAAGAGACGAUGGACAUCCUGUCUAUGCAAGGUUUGGAUGCAGCUUCUGAGGAGUAUGCUUUGAUAAAGUAUUACCUUCUCUAUGGAGGCACUUGUGUCAGGUGCAAGCAAUGGUGUCGACUACCUGUGAUUACUCCAUGCAGGCAUCUGCUCUGCCUUGACUGUGUUGCAUUGGACAGAGAGAAAUGUAUGUUUGCUGGCUGCGGUUACUCCUAUGAAAUGCAGACUCCCGAGGCCCGACCAGAUAAUCCGAAUCCCAUGUGGCCUGUGCCUAAAGAUCUUAUUGAAUUGCAACCUUCAUAUAAACAGGAUGACUGGGAUCCCGACUGGCAGUCAACAUCAAGCAGUAAGGUUGCUUACCUGGUACAGAGGUUGAAAGAGUUUAAUGGUGCUAAUGAAAACAAGUCAAAUGAGAAUUAUGGGGUGUUUCUCUCUGAGGAGCGACUGUAUCCAGCCCUGUUAAAUAACUCAAGGCCAUUGUUAGCAACAGGAUUUGACAGGAUAAUGACGGAGAAAGUUAUCAUCUUUUCCCAGUUUUUGGAGCAUAUACAUGUCAUUGAGCAGCAGUUGACGAUUGCUGGUAUCAGAUUCGCUGGCAUGUAUAGUCCAAUGCCUGCUGCGAACAAGGUGAAAUCUUUGGCCACUUUCCAGCAUGAUCCGACUUGUAUGGCACUCUUGAUGGAUGGCAGUGCUGCCCUGGGUCUCGAUUUGAGCUUUGUCUCUCACGUAUUUCUAAUGGAACCAAUCUGGGACAAGAGCAUGGAGGAGCAAGUUAUCAGUCGAGCUCAUCGCAUGGGCGCCGCUCGCCCCAUUCACGUGGAAACUCUAGCAAUGCGUGGCACAAUUGAACAGCAGAUGCUGGAACUUCUACAGGAUGACGACUCAUGUCGAAGAUUUUUGAAGGAAGAGGUGGGUAGAUCAGAUCAUGAACGAACACGAGCUCAUCGUUCAUUACACGACUUUGCGGGAAGCAACUAUCUGUCCCAUCUUAAAUGCGUGCCUACGAAAGUUGACAUAUAAACUGAUUUACGGAACUUCUCUUCAUCUCCCUUUUAUCUAACCACAUUGUCAUUCUUUGCCCCUGCAAUUUAUCAGCCGUCACCGAUUCACUGAGUAGAAGGUGCUUUUUGUCUUUCUUCUUUUGGGCAAAUGCUCGAAAUCGUAGCUGAUUUGUUGGGGAAUUAGAUUUGCAAUUUUUUUGCGUUCGAAUGCUCCCCGAAUCAUCUGUAAAUGUCGGACAUUCAUAGCAAGUGGAAUAUUAGUAGCUGCUUCUCAUUAUGAAGUGCUCACUA